CUGCAAGUCAGUAUGAAUGACACAGAUGAAGAUGAACAAGGUGUGCAGGUUCGGUCUUGUAUUGUGAGGAGCGGAUCAGCCAGCUUGUCAUUCAUCGAAAACUACUGCGUGGUUCCAGACAAAGCGAGGUUGUUUCGACUUCCGGGGUUUGUCUCUGGGGGUAAACAGGCGAUUUUCCCCAUUAAACUGUUCGCUUUGGAGGAAUCGAAAGCCAGAAACCUCAUAUUUGAGUGUGUUAUAAGAAUUUGUUCCAGAAACUGCAAUGGGCCAAACUGUCCACCGCCAGCAAGCGGGAGAAAGAGGCGAGCUGCUGGGGACAGGCCUUCAGAGAACAAAACCAUCACUAUGGCGACCAAAAUCGAAAUCUUACCCAACGAUGUGCUUACGUCAGGUUUUAACGAUCACCAGAUUUAUGAUGGAGGAAACCGGAGAGACCGGAGUAGAGCACCGACCUUUGCGAAGUCUCGAGCGAACUUCCCCACAUUUGACCCAUUUUUGCAGGUAAGACGAAUCAGCCGGAUUCGGAUUGUGUGAAGAGUGUAAAGAAUCUCGAUUUCAUCGUCACCGUGGCUGUCUUCGCUGUCUUCGCUGUCUUACUUAUCAUUGCUAUAGUAAUUAUCGUUUUCCUGCUUACCUCAAAGUGGAGUGAGCCACAGAAACAAGGGGGGUAAAUCUAGAACCCAUGUAGUUCAACCUAUGUAAAGAGCAGUCAGCCCUACACAUACAGUUAAAAUAAAUAU